AUGAAUACUCGCCAACGCAAGCUAGAUAAGCAAACCAAUGGCAUCGCCAAUGGAAGCACCAAUGCGAACGGCCAUGCCAACAACAGCCAUGCGAUCACCAAAUCAAAACGCAAACGCUCCCUCCUCCGCCGCCUCAAACGCCGCGCAAUAAAACACACCUGGUCAAUCCCCCUCGCCCUCCUAAUAACCCUCCUCUCCCUCUACGCCCUAAACCCCACCGAAUCCAACAUCCUCCACAACUUCAUCUUCCUCGCCUACGCCCAAGAACCCUCGCCCACCUCCGGCCCCGCCGCCGCAACCCAAUACGGCAAAGGACCAUGGGACAUCGCCUUCGUAUCCUUCUACGCCCUCGUCCUAACAUUCACCCGCGAAUUCACCAUGCAAGAGAUCCUCCGCCCCUUCGCGCGCUCACGCUACGCAGGCAUAAAAUCCCGCGCCAAGCAGCUCCGCUGCAUGGAGCAGAUGUACACCGCGCUGUACUUUGGCAUCACGGGCCCGGCAGGAUUAUACGUGAUGCGACAAACGCCCGUGUGGUAUUUUCGAACCGCGGGGAUGUAUGAGGGCUUUCCGCAUCGCACGCAUGGCGCUGCGUUUAAGUUUUAUUAUCUUUUUGAGGCGGCGUAUUGGGCGCAGCAGGCGCUUGUUAUGCUUCUUGGUCUUGAGAAGAGGAGGAAGGACUUUAAGGAACUGGUUGCGCAUCAUGUUGUUACUUUGGCGCUGAUCGGGUUGAGUUAUCGGUUUCAUUUUACGUACAUUGGGGUUGCGGUUUAUAUUACGCAUGAUAUAAGUGAUUUUUUUCUGGCGGUUUCGAAAACGUUUCAUUAUACUGAUUCGGAUUUGAUUAUUCCGUUCUACGCUACGAGUGUCGUGGCGUGGAUUUAUCUCCGCCAUUAUUUGAAUUUGCAUAUUCUCUGGUCUUUGUUGACUGAGUUCCAGACUAUCGGGCCCUACGAAUUGAACUGGGAGACGCAGCAGUAUAAAUGCUGGAUCUCGAAUAUCAUCACAUUUGCACUACUGGCCAUGCUGCAAAGCCUGAAUCUAUUCUGGCUAUACUGUCUGCUGCGAAGUGCGUGGAAGUUCGUUGUUUACGGUGUCAAGAAGGAUGAUCGGUCGGAGGAUGAGACUGAGUCUGAGCAGGUUCAGGUUCAGGGUCAGGUUGCGGGUCAACAGAAUGGUGGGAAACAGGAAAAGAAGCAGUAA